AUGCAAGAAAAUACUUUCACUGAAUACACUUGUAGAAGAGCCGUCAUUGGUGAUGCACCAUCAAUUACCGAUUUUAACAUUAGAAUGGCACUUGAAACGGAAGGAAUUAACUUAACACCAUCAAUUGUAAAACGUGGAGUGGAAACAGUUUUUGAAAGGGAAGAAAAAGGAAGAUAUUAUGUUGCAACCAUUUCGGAAGGAGAUAAUGAAAAAGUUAUUGGAUCAUGUUUGAUAACUAUGGAAUGGAGUGACUGGAGAUGUUGUGAUUAUUUUUAUUUACAAAGUGUUUUUAUUGAACCAGAACAUAGAAGAAAAGGUGUCUUUAGUCUAUUGUAUAAAUUUGUGGAAAGUGAAUGCAUCAAGGCAGGCACUGCUUCUCUGAGACUCUACGUUGAUAAAGGAAAUGAAAAGGCAAAGCAAUCCUAUCUCAAAUUGGGAAUGGAAGUGUCACAUUAUGAAAUGUUUGAGAAAAACUUUUAUGAAAAGUAG